AUGUGGCGCUUUUCAUCUUCUUCGUGCCCUACAUGUAUCCUCUUCGAAGUGCCGAGUAAUAUCAGUAUCAAGCGGAUCGCGCCUAGUACUUGGAUCUCUCUGAUCAUGACGCUUUGGGGUAUUGCGACGGUUGGGCAAGGUUUGAUCCGUAAUAAUGCUGGAUUGCAGGCGAUGCGGUUCCUGCUUGGACUCUUUGAGGCUGGGUUCUCGCCGGGGUGUGUUUACUUGAUCAGUAUGUAUUACAAGAGGUACGAGUUGCAGUGGCGGCUUAGUAUCUUCUACACUGGCUCUUUCAUCGCUGGUGCGUCUAGUGGGUUGUUGGCUUAUGCUAUUGCGAAGAUGGAUGGGGUGGGAGGGUAUGGUGAUUGGAGAUGGAUCUUCAUCAUCGAGGGACUCGCUACGACUAUCGUUGGGAUCGCGUGUAAAUGGUUCGUCCCAGACUGGCCUGAGACUGUCACAUGGCUCCACCGCGAGGAGAAGGAACUACUCACAGCCAGACUCGCUGCCGAUGUAGCGGAGGCGAGGAUGGAUCGGCUGGAUAAACGGGCUGUUAAGAGGAUCUUUAGCGACUGGAAGAUCUGUCUUGGCAUGCUGAUGUAUUUGGGUGUUGUCGAUACUGAUGUCUGCAAGCCAGUCUCAUGA